CCCAAAGAUGAAGAACAUCACCACCAUCUUCUUCAUCUUACCCAUCUUCCUUCUCUCUCUCUCUCAUGCUCUCCAAGAUCACAUUGGUGCACCAUUGCUGUCUAUUGGAGCUCAAUUUUCUGAAUCCUCUCUUCAAAAGGAGGAAACGCUUGUGGGAUUUGAUGCCAUGAACAUGAGGAAAAUGGGGAAUGGAAGAAUGAGAGUGGCAAUAAAGAGGAUAAUGAGGAGAGAGAGUACUACAAAUGAUGAGAGAGAAGAAGAAGAAGAUCAAGAAAGCUCAAGAAUUUCAGGACAAAACACAAAGCGUUCAAACAAGCUUCAUCAAACCUCUCAACUUAACCAUCAGGACACUAGUGAGGCAAAAAGAUGGAAGAAUUCAAGCAUCUCCAAGAGGGUAUCGACGAGGGAGGAAGAAACUCAAAGGCUUGUGAAGGCAGCCAGAGAGAUAGCCAAUUUGAUGCACAAAGAUUAUAAGGAUUGGGGUCACCGCAAGCCACCAAUCAACAAUCGUGAACCAUUGCAUUAAGUGUUUGAAAUGGCUUAGCUUAGAUUUAUAGAAAAUUUAGGCCUUAAUUUGCAUACCCUUUCUUUAGCGUAGCUACAAUAUGAUAUAGACAUGUAUAAGUACAAGUUAUCCUCCAGGUACCUUUUUUUUUUCCUUCUUCUAGUUAGUUAUAUAUUAUAUUACAUAGAAUGCGACACAAGGAAC